AUGAUUGAUCCAAGUUCAUCUGAUGAAGAAAGCGAUGAAGAUCAGAACGUUCGUGGAUCAGCCAGUGAAGGACGAGGUGCCAGUGGUGGACACGUUUCUCGGCGUCGUGGUAAUACUGGAGGCGGAGGCUCUGGUGCAGGCCCCGUCGGAAGUAAUGUUAGCGGGUUUACUGCAUCACCCGGAGGUCACAGCCAAGGUAGCAGUGGUUCACCAAGCUUACAUGGUGGAUCACAUGGCCGUCAAAUAGGAAGAGCUCAAGGUCAUCCAGCUCAGCAAGAAACUGCAAGCUCUGGAUUAGAUGUACCUAAUUCAGCAAGUGCACGUAAUUCGCUAUCACCAUCGAUGAGUGCCACUCAAGAUGCUGCCAAUUAUGCAAAAUCUGCGCAAAGGCCGACCAGCCCUUCACCGUCCGUUGCUAGCGAAAAAACUGAAGUUGAUUUACAAGACAAACAAGAACGUGAAGAAGAAGAAAGAAAAACUCGUAUACAACUUUACGUAUUUAUUUCGAGAUGUAUAGCUUAUCCAUUUAAUGCUAAACAACCUACAGAUAUGACUCGAAGACAAAUGAAAAUUACAAAACAACAACUGGAAACACUAUGUUCUCGUUUUCAGGCUUUCCUGAAAGGAGAGACUCAAAUUAUGGCAGAUGAAGCCUUCCACAAUGCCAUUCAAAAUUACUACGACGUAUUUCUGAAAUCAGAAAGAAUUGUGAAAAUAGUACAAAGCGGAGCUUGUUCCCAGUACGACUUUCGAGAGGUGUUCAGGAACAAUAUCGAAAAGCGUGUUCGCAGCCUCCCGGAAAUCGAUGGGUUGAGCAAAGAGACUGUUCUUACGUCCUGGCUGGCUAAAUUCGAUUGUAUUUUUAAAGGAACUGGUGACGAAGACACCAAAAGGCCAUCUAGGAUGCAACAGCAGUCCUUGAAUUCGGAGUUGAUAUUGUCGAAAGAGCAACUGUACGACAUGUUUCAACAAAUUCUUGGCAUAAAAAAAUUUGAGCAUCAGCUUCUGUUCAACGCCCUUCUGUUGGAUUCAGCCGACGAGCAGGCUGCCGCCAUCAGGAGGGAGCUGGACGGUCGCAUUCAGAAAGUUAACGAGAUGGAAAAGAACCGAAAGCUCAUGCCGAAAUUUCUCCUUAAGGAGAUGGAGUCGCUCUACAUUGAGGAGCUCAAGUCGUCUAUCAAUCUACUAAUGACUAAUUUGGAGUCAUUACCGGUCUCCAAGGGUUCGAUAGACAGCAAAUAUGGGUUGCAGAAGCUGAAGCGCCGUAGUGACCGCUCCCGCUACCGCACCCAGGGCUCUCUCGCUAAAUUGGAGAGCGACUCCGCCGAUUCCGAUCCGCAACUCACUAAAAUGGACGUGGGUUUGAGUUUUUCUAUGGAAGUUGUUGUCAUGGAGGUUAAAGGUCUCACAAGCCUUGCGCCAAAUCGCAUUGUAUAUUGCACUAUGGAAGUCGAGGGUGGUGAGAAGCUACAAACUGAUCAAGCUGAAGCUUCAAAGCCAAUGUGGGAUACUCAGGGUGAUUUUACAACGAUGCAUCCAUUACCAGUGGUUAAAGUCCGUCUAUAUACAGAAAAUCCUGCAAUGCUGGCACUCGAAGACAAGAAAUUGGGUGAAGUAAUACUACGGCCAACUCCGUUGUCCUCAAAGGUACCCGAAUGGCACCGUAUGACUGUCGCAAAAAAAGAUCCAGAUCAAGAUUUAAAAAUCAAAAUAGCUUGUCGAAUGGAUAAACCACUGAAUAUGAAACAUUGCGGCCAUCUCUAUGCUAUGGGAAAAUCAGUAUGGAAAAAAUGGAAGAAACGGUACUAUGCUUUAGUCCAAGUCUCGCAGUACACAUUUGCGAUGUGCUCAUAUAAAGAAAAAAAAAGUGAGCCGUCGGAAAUGAUGCAGCUCGAUGGCUAUACAGUGGACUAUAUUGAAGCCGUUUCUGCUAAUAUUAUGUUUGGAACAGAGUUAGAAGGUGGAAGGUACUUCUUCAACGCCGUCCGCGAAGGAGACAAUAUUGUUUUUGCCUCGGACGACGAGAAUGAGUGCCAUUUAUGGGUGAUGGCUAUGUACAGAGCGACUGGUCAAUCUCAUAAACCUACACCACCUGUUUCUAUUGCUGAUAAAAACUCUACCAUUAGCAAAAUACAAGGAGAUGCUGAUCGAGCUAGAAAACAUGGCAUGGAAGAUUUCAUAAGCGCCGAUCCAUGCAAAUUUGAUCAUCCUAGUCUAUUCAAAUUUCUUCAAAAUUUAACUCUUGACUACAGGCUUAAUGAUCCAUACUGUUCUUUAGGAUGGUUUUCACCAGGUCAACUUUUUGUAAUAGAUGAAUAUUGUGCAAGAUACGGAGUUCGUGGAUGCCACAGACAUCUCUGUUACCUUAACGAUCUUCUAGAUCGUUCAGAACGAGGCUGUAUGAUAGAUCCCACAUUACUCCAUUUUAGUUUUGCAUUUUGUGCAAGUCAUAUUUGUGGAAAUCGUCCAGAUGGGAUAGGAACUAUAACACACGAAGAAAAAGAUAAAUUUGCAGAAAUCAAAGAACGUUUAACGCAACUAUUAGAAAAACAAAUUACGAAUUUCAGGUACACCUUUCCAUUCGGUCGUCCAGAAGGUGCCCUAAAGGGUACUUUAUCUCUUCUAGAACGUGUUCUUAUGAAGGAUAUUUCAUCAAACGGUCCAUCUGAUGAAGUUCGAGGGAUCAUUAAAUCAUGUUUAGAAACCGCAGCACUUGUUAAUUAUGAGAUGUUAUCAGCAGCAGCUAAAAUUGAAGAUGAAUAUAAUGCUGAAGAUGUUCUCCCAGGAAAAAAAUUAGAAGAUCUUAAAAGAUUAGCUGAGCUUUGUGUUGAUUUACUUCAACAAAAUGAGGAACAUUAUUCGGAGGCGUUCGCCUGGUUCAGCGAUCUCCUGGUGGAGCACGCUGAGAUCUUCUGGUCUCUCUUUGCCGUUGACAUGGACAAAGUAUUAUCCGAACAACCACCUGAUACCUGGGAAAGUUUUCCAUUAUUUCAAAUUUUAAACGACUAUCUUCGAUUAGAUGAUAAUUUGAAAAAUGGACGAUUUCAUCAACAUCUUAGAGACACAUUUGCGCCUCUAGUGGUACGUUAUGUAGAUCUUAUGGAGACAUCAAUAGCACAAUCUAUUCACAAAGGAUUCGAAAAAGAGCGAUGGGAAAUUAAAGGAAAUGGAUGUGCUACUUCAGAAGACCUUUUCUGGAAGCUCGAUGCUUUGCAAUCCUUUAUUAGUGGUCUUCAUUGGCCUGAUCAAGAGUUUAGGCAGCACUUAGAACAACGCUUAAAGCUUAUGGCGUGUGAUAUGAUAGAAUCGUGUAUUCAACGAACUGAUGAUGCAUUUAAACAAUGGUUAAAAAAAGGCGUAACAUUUAUCUCUACCGACUAUAUAAUACCCUCUGAAAUGUGUGCUAUGGUAAAUGUUAUUUUAGACGCGAAAAAUCAAAGCUUUAAGUUAUGUGCAGUCGACGGAGUUGACGUUCACCAGUACCACGCCAAAAUUGAUGAUUUGAUCGAUAAAACAUCGGCUAGUAUGAAUCAGGGAAUGAUUGACAAACUUGUCGCAGUUUUAGAUGCAACUUUAUCGAAAUUAUCACGUUACGACGAAGGAUCAUUCAUUGGUUCAAUUCUUAGUUUUACGAAAGUCUCUGGCAGUGGUAAAGAAAUGGGCCAAGCUUACGUUAAUUUCACAAGAAAUUGUAUGGAUCAAAUUCGUAGCAAAGUCAUCGACGAAUUAUGGAUUUUGAAUUUCUUCGAGCAAUGGUAUACUGAACAAAUCAAAAUGCUUUGCACAUGGUUAUCAGACAGAUUGGAUCAUAGUCUUCAUCUUUAUCAGUGUACUUGUUUGGCUCAUAUUGUAAAGAAAGUUUAUUCAGAUUUUGAGCUCCAAGGAGUAAUGGAAGAUAAAUUGAAUUCGAAGACAUAUCAGACGAUAGCGCAAAGAAUGCAGACGGAAGAAGCAACUUGUGCCUUAACAAUGAGUGCUCAGAAUGACGAAGGACUUUCCGAGAAUGGAAAUGACGACGACGUUGAACGACCAAAAACAAAAGUUACUAUUGUCGAGUCUGCAGGCGCGGAUGAUGCAAACUACGUCGCUAAUCUUACCAAUGUAACGUCUAAUGUUGUAGGAAAAGUCGGAAGUAUGUUUGGUAAAGGGAUCGGCGGUCUUUCAACGAAAUUCGGUGGACCGAGCUGGUUUUAG